AUGUUUAUUUCAAUAAAAUUGAUCGACAGUGAACUUUGUAAUUUGAAUAGCAUUCAGGAUAGCUUUCCUGCCCGCUUUGGAGGAGUGCAUUUUGUCAACCAGCCCUGGUAUAUCCACGCCCUGUACACACUCAUCAAACCAUUCCUUAAAGACAAGACAAGGAAACGGAUUUUCUUGCAUGGAAACAAUUUAAACAGCCUCCACCAGUUAAUCCACCCUGAAUUUUUACCCUCUGAAUUUGGAGGCACUCUUCCUCCCUACGACAUGGGGACGUGGGCUCGUACGUUGUUGGGUCCUGACUACAGCGAUGAAAAUGACUACACUCACACUUCCUAUAAUGCAAUGUAUGUGAAACAUGCGGCCUGCAAUCUGGAGAGAGAAUGCUCCCCGAAGCCAAUGAAAAGGUAA